GCGCCUUACAUUACAAUACAAACACAGCAGAGCCACUGUACACCUCUCUCUCUCUCUCUCUCUUUGCCUAACACGUUAACAUUUCUCUUCUUACUUUAGCUAGGGUUUUUACUCCAAUCCUAAAAUCACAUUCGUUUUCUUAAUUUCCUCUUCAAUGUCUGUCCAUCCUUCUUCUCCUCCUCCUCCUCCUCCUCCUUGUGGUUUCAGGGCUUGGAAAUGGGAUUGUGGAGUGAGUGAAAGGAGGUUCCAGAGCAUUCAUAAUUUGAGAUUUUUAUACCAGAGAAAGGUGUAGAGUUAGUGAUCCUUGUUUUCAGAACUUUUUAAGGUUAUAUUUGAACUGUUUCUGUUGAAUGGAUUAGUAUAAACUUGAAGGUGGUCUAUAGAACUCUUUUAUUGAACUGUUGUGAAGAGAUUGAGGUGGGUAUUGAGAAGUUGUAUUAAUGGGGUCGUACUCACGCACUUGUGAAAUUGUUGAAGCAAGAGAAGAGGUGAUUUCAGCAAAUCAUUCUAAAAGGGUUUAUCAAUCUCAUUCUGGAUUACGUGUGGGUGGCAAUGAUGGGGAGCCAUCUGUGCUUAAACUGGGGUAUAGGGAUUCUCUUGAAGAUGAUAUCAAUCAACUUUUUGAGGCUAUCAGUCUUAAAAACUCCUCUAAGGGUCUUGGUCUCUCGAAUCAAGCAAGCACAAGCUCAAGCCCUUUAAGGAAAAAUGCCAUGAAAAGGCCAAUAACAGUAGGCGUGCCAAAUUCGCCAAGAAUUGUGAGUUCUGAGCAAGUGUCUCUGAAGCAAGCAUUAAGGGACCUCUGCAUUUCUAAAGCAUCAGAAAUGGCUGCUAUGAAACGGUCAUCAAAGCCCAUUGGCUCUCCAAGAGUCUCGGAAGCUGGAAGGAUAAAGAGUUUGUACAACUCAGUUGUAGUUGAAACUAGUAGAUCUGGGCAUUCCAUAGACGAAGGGAAACGAGCUCUGGUUGAAAUAUCUCUGGUGCCAGAAGAAACCAAAUCAAAUUCUUCUGAGAAGGUGCCUUGUCAAUCAUCAAACCAGAGUGUUUGUUCGUCUCCUCAGUCUCAUUUAUCAAAAUCUUCAAACCACAGUGCUUAUUCUUCUCCUCAAUUUGCUGUUUUAACUGCAAAAAGUGAAUUUGAUACUACAUCGAUGCAGGACGCGAUUGCUUCUGCAUCCCAAAAGGUUCAAACUCAAGCCUUAAAGUUGCCAGAUCAAAGUACUCUCUCAAAGAAACAAAGUGGUAAUGGGACCAUAUUGAUGCAAAGUGAACUUGGUUCUGCAACAAGAAAAGUUGGAAGUCAAGCAGUAAAGUCACCUUCCCAAAGUGCUCAGUCUUCUCCAAGAUUUGGAGUUCCAUUCACAAAUAUUAGUACUGGGACCACACCGGUCCAAAGCAAAGUCAUCUCUGCUUCCACAAAAGUUGGAUCUCAAGGAUCAACAACAGAAAUGGCACAGAAGGAGACAUGUAUGAAUGCAACUUCCCUGUCCCAUUCUGAUUCUGUUGACAAUAUGCCUGAUGAAGAUACAAUUAUUGCCACUUCAAAAAAGGUAGCAAGAAAAGCAUCAGCACCUAGAUCAGGUCGGAAAGGCAGGUUAUUCUAUUCUCCUUCUUCCUCAAUUAAUAUAAGCAGAGUAAGCAAGUUUACAAGAAAUGCUCCACGUUUAGCAAAACCAGGCAUAAAGAACAAGAGUUCCGUUAAGAAGAAAGUUAAUCAGGGUACAGCUUCUGCUGCCCGUAUACCCAAUGAAGGCAAUAAUAGCUUGGCACCAACCACAGGUCAGUUGGUUUGCCAUAAAUGUCAAUGUGCUUUAAGGAAUGUAAGUGAAGAAUCAAAUCAAGGUAUCUCUGCCAGUUUUACUGCUGAAGUUAGCUCAACCAAUGUAGACAGUGGUGCUAGUAAAUCAGACUUCAGUUCAAGCAAUUGUAACAGAAGCAGAUCCAUUGGGAAAGCAAAGAAGAAUUCCAAAUCAAGAGAAAAAGGGGAAUUUUCCCAAAGCUCAAAGAGUAGCCUUGGUGAAUAUAGCACUAGUACUAGCAAUAGUGAUGAGAGCAAUGCAAGCAGGCCUAGUUGUUGCAACAGACCCCACAUGUCCAAGGAUAUUAGAUGGGAAGCUAUUCGGCAUGUUAAGAUGCAGGAUAAAGUCUUAAGUUUGCGACACUUCAACAUCUUAAAGAAGCUUGGUUGUGGAGAUAUAGGAACUGUUUAUCUUGCUGAGCUAAUUGGUUCAAAUUGCCUGUUUGCUAUAAAAGUCAUGGACAAUGAAUUUCUGGCCAGAAGAAAGAAGAUGCCAAGGGCCCAAACUGAAAGGGAGAUACUGAGAAUGUUAGAUCAUCCGUUUCUUCCCACAUUGUAUGCCCAAUUUACAUCAGAUAAUUUGUCUUGUUUAGUUAUGGAGUACUGUCCAGGUGGAGAUCUGCAUGUCCUUAGGCAGAAGCAACUUGGUGGGAGUUUCUCAGAACCAGCAGCCAGGUUUUAUGUUGCUGAAGUCCUCCUUGCUCUGGAGUACUUGCACAUGCUGGGAGUUAUUUAUCGGGAUCUAAAACCGGAGAACAUCCUUGUCCGAGAAGAUGGCCACAUUAUGCUCACAGACUUUGACUUGUCACUAAGAUGCAAUGUAAGUCCAACCCUCCUGAAAUCAACUGAUGCUGAUCCUAUGAAAGCCUCCGGUCCAUGCACAGAAUCUAGCUGCAUUGAGCCUUUCUGCAUUGAGCCAUCCUGUCAAGUCCCAUGCUUCAGUCCUAGGUUCUUACCUGCUGCUGCUAAAGCAAGGAAGUUGAAAGCUGAAAUGGCUGCCCAUUUGAAAUCAUUGCCACAGCUUGUGGCUGAGCCUACUGAUGCACGUUCAAAUUCCUUUGUUGGGACCCAUGAAUACUUGGCUCCUGAAAUUAUAAAAGGAAAGGGUCAUGGAGCAGCAGUUGAUUGGUGGACAUUUGGUAUAUUUCUUUAUGAGCUUUUAUAUGGUAGAACACCAUUCAAAGGCUCUUGCAAUGAAGAAACAUUAGACAAUGUGGUGUUACAGAACCUGAGGUUCCCUGACAGCCCACUUGUUAGUUUCCAGGCUAGGGAUCUUAUUUGGGGCCUAUUGUCAAAGGAUCCUGAGAAUCGGUUGGGAACAGAGAAGGGAGCUGCUGAAAUCAAGCAACAUCCUUUCUUUGAAGGCUUAAAUUGGGCACUUAUAAGAUGUGCCAUUCCACCAGAACUACCAGAUUAUUAUGAAUUUGGAGUUCCAUAUGCGUCCUCGCAUGAAACAAGCAGCAAGUACUUGGAGUAUGAAGCUACAGGAGAGCACCUGGAGUUUGAGUUGUUCUAAACAUGACGUCUCUCUCCUUCCAUGUUGUAAUUAUAAUGAGCUUAUGAUGUAAAUUUGAUUGGGAGUAAUUGUGGUAAAGCUGUUACUGGUAGCUAGCACGGAAGUCGCAUUGGCGGCUGAGUAGUUGAGACCUGGCUUAAGGGAGGACAUGAUGGUCUGUUUGUUAAAAUACAUGACUCCUUAAGACCAGAUUUUGUAACAUCAUCGAAUCUUUGAUUUAGCAACUUCCCCACUUGUACAUGUCUUGUCCUUGAAUUUUGUUAGUUCCAGUUUUUGGGCAUGGCAGCAUAGACAGCAUUCUUUUCUCCUAGGUGUUGUCCCAAAUCAAGGAGCUUCACCAUUGCUCUUUAUGUAAUAAAAGAUUGGACACUUUCCAUUUGGCAA